AUGGCAUCGCAAAAGAUUAAGAAGCAAGCGGAAAAAAACGAUCGCGUCGGCUUCUUCAUGACCCGGGCGUCGACGCCAAAAAAUCUGGGCCUAGCAGAACAGGAACAAGAUGGCGACGGAGGUAAUGACACACUACCACUGCAAAACUCCCCAGGGGCGCAAAACUUACCAGUGACCCAGGACUUCUUGCAGAAGUGCCUAGACAACAUGUCCAGUAAGAUCCUGGAAACCUUGCAAGGCACACUGAGAGAAAUGAAACGAGAGAUGCAGGAAAACCGCAUGGAGGAACAAGCCACAGCGCACAACUAA